AUGCCUGAACCUCUGCGUGUCCCCAAUCCGGCAAGGAAACUCACAGUAGGCAGCUGCUGCAGCGGGUGGUGCGCGGAGCUUUUCGCAUGCGAGAUGCUGUCACUGGACUUUCUGCCGGUCUUCGGAUGUGACCUCCUGCCAUCGGCGCAGGCAGUCUCCGAAGCCUUGUUCGAUCACGAGUUUUGGUUCUGGGAUUGCAUGGAAGAAGACUUCCUGCAGGCUCCGCACGUGGAUCUUUUUCUGGCGGGGCUACCCUGUCAACCCUGGUCGCGGCUGGGGCCCUCCAGAGGCUUUGAAGACGACCGGGGGCUGCUGAUGCUGCCGGUAAUCCGCUGGAUGUCUGCACGGCGUCCGCAAGUAGCCAUCUUCGAACAAGUGGGUAGCAUGCUGACACGGCAUCCCCGCGAGUUUGCACUCUUCCUGGAACUUCUACUGCAAAUCAAGCAUCGUGGGCGGCCGGCGUACAUUGUCACGUAUGAGACCCUGAAUUGUCGCUUUCAUGGCUACUUGCCGCAGAAUCGAGAGAGGACCUUCGUGGUGUGCAUUUGCAGGCAACAUGCUGUUGCUGAGAUGUCGUGGCCCGCACGAGUCCCCGUGCUACGCUUGAGCAGUGUGAUCGAUGCUGACACGGAGCCUGCGCUUGAAGACUUCCCGGGACGGCUGCCCAGCAGUGCGACCUGCCGUCGCAAUGUCAUGGCCGUCUAUGAGAAAAUACUAGAAGAGGGUCGCGAUCCCUUGGAGCAGGAGCUAGUCAUCAACAUGCACGGCUCGGAGCCGCACUGGAACGAAGGCUACUCCCCGUGCCUUACACAGGCCAGAGCAGCCGCUGGCGGCUUCUGGUUGUCCUGGCUCCAAAGGCAAAUGACCAGCGCAGAAGUGUGCAGGCUCCAGGGCGUGGACAUGUGCAGGAUUCCGGCCGGCUUGGCAACCGAGCGCCAGAUUAGGCAACUGGCAGGCAACAGCAUCCCUAUCCCGCUCCUGGCACGCGUGCUGCAAGCGGCGCUCGAAGCUGCCGGACUCGUGUAA